CUAUAUUACAGGCGGCCACCAUGGCAGCCGCGAGCAUUCCGAUCACCUCCCUACCAUGGCAUCACAGCGUCUCUCUUCCCUCUCCAACUACUUCGAUAACGGUCAAUAAUGACCGAUACUUUUCGAACCACCCAACAAUUUUACUCAUCAAACAAUGUUCGAAUUCGAAACAACUCAAGCAGAUUCACGCCCAAAUGCUCCGUAACGGCCUUUUCUCCGACCCCUUUUCAGCCAGUACUCUCGUCUCCGCCUUUUCUAUGUCUUCUUUUCAAGGUGUUGAUUAUGCCCAUAAACUGUUCGACCAAAUUCCCAAACCAAAUAUCUACACCUGGAACGUGCUCAUUCGCGCUUACUCGUCGAGUCAAGUACCUGUCCAAAGUCUCUUGAUCUUUACACGGAUGCUUUAUCGGUGUGAUCAAGUGUUACCCAACAAGUUCACUUACCCUUUUGUAAUUAAAGCAGCAGCUGAACUUUUGGAUAUGAGAGUAGGAGAGGUUCUUCAUGGAAUGGCUGUUAAGAUGUCACUUGGUUCAGAUGUUUUUAUACUUAACUCUCUUAUACAUUUUUAUGCAUCUUGCGGAUGUUUGGAUUCGGCAUAUAGAGUUUUCUUGAAUAUUCCUGUGAGGGAUGUUGUUUCUUGGAAUACCAUUAUCACAGGUUUUGCACAGGGUGAUCGUCCUGAUGAAGCAAUCGAGUUGUUUCGUGAAAUGCAAACUAGCUUAAAACCCGAUAAAGUAACAAUGAUGAGUGUGUUGACUGCUUGUACGAAGAAGUUGGAUUUGGAGAUUGGCAGAUGGGUGCAUUCUAACAUCGAACGAAAUGGCAUUGGAGGAAGCUUGAACUUGAACAAUGCAUUGCUUGAUAUGUAUACGAAGUGUGGAAGCCUAGAGGAUGCCAAGAAACUGUUCAAUAAAAUGCCUGAGAAAGAUAUAGUGUCAUGGACAACUAUGAUAGUUGGGUAUGCAAAAUCAGGGAACUACAUCACUGCCAGGAAGCAUUUUGACACAAUGCCUAAUCAAGAUAUAGCUGCAUGGAACGCCUUAAUUUCGGCUUAUGAGCAAAAUGGUAACCCCAAGGAAGCUUUGGCUAUUUUCAAUGAGUUACAGGUGAGCAACGAACCAAAACCAGAUGCUGUCACUUUUGUUAGUACUCUAUCAGCAUGCGCUCAAGUGGGAGCAAUAUAUAUGGGUGGGUGGAUCCAUGGGUAUAUCAAGAAACAUGGAGUUAAGCUCAGUUGUCAUCUUAUAACUUCACUGAUUGAUAUGUAUUCAAAGUGUGGCGAUCUCAAUAAGGCGCUAGAGGUGUUCUAUUCUGUUGAUGAUAAAGAUGUGUUUAUCUGGAGUGCUAUGGUUGCUGGUCUUGCAAUGCACGGCCAUGGGAGAGAUGCAAUAGAUUUGUUCAAGAAAAUGCAAGAAGUUAAUGUGAAACCUAAUGCUGUUACUUUCACCAAUUUGUUGUGUGCUUGUAGCCACACAGGCUUAGUGGAGGAAGGCAGGGAUUUCUUCAAGAAAAUGCAGCCUGUUUACGGAGUUGUCCCUGGAGUCAAGCACUAUGCUUGUAUGGUGGAUAUGCUUGGACGUGCAGGCCAUUUGGAUGAAGCUAUAGAGUUAAUAAAGGCGAUGCCAAUGCCUCCAUUGGCUUCUGUUUGGGGAGCUCUGCUAGGAGCCUGCAAACUCCAUGGAAAUGUAGAGGUUGCUGAACAAGCUAGCAGCCAUUUGCUUGAAUUGGAACCAUGGAAUCAUGGUGCAUACGUGCUUAUGUCUAAUAUAUAUGCAAAAUCAGGAAAAUGGGACAAGGUAGCUAUGUUACGGAAGCGUAUGAAAUAUAUUGGACUAAAGAAAGAACCAGGUUGUAGCUCAAUCGAGGUCGAUGCUAGUUUUCAUGAGUUUGUUGUGGGAGAUAACACCCACCCACAAUCCAAAAGGAUAUAUGCAAAACUGAAUGAGAUUUCUGAGAAGUUAAAGUCAAUGGGGUAUGAGCCAAACAGGUCUCAAGUGCUUCAAUGUGUUGAAGAAGAAGACAUGCAAGAACAGGCACUGCAUCUUCAUAGUGAGAAGUUAGCCAUUGCCUUUGGACUCAUUAGUUUGAAACAAGCUCAACCAAUUCGUAUUAUGAAGAAUCUUCGUGUUUGUGGGGACUGCCAUAAUGUUGCUAAAUUGAUUUCGAAACUUUACAAUAAAGAGAUUUUUCUCAGAGAUCGUUACAGAUUCCACCAUUUCAAAGCAGGGGACUGCUCUUGUAAAGACUACUGGUAAGUUUUAGAGAAUUUGAACAAGACUUGAUAAUAGUUUGUAUAAUUCGAGCUUCCCAUGCUUUUAAAGAUGAUUCUGCAUGGCUAAAUAGCAUAGUUUGCUUGUAGAAGAUGAAUUCAUAAUCUAGACCCAAGAUUCAAGAUUGAGUCAACAUAUUUGUAAUUAGAAGGUUACUAUCUUGGUAUAUAUUGCAGGUUUAUAGAAACCAAG